UAAAGCUAUUAUAUUAUGACACGUCAUUCAAAUAGUGACACUAUCGUAAUUUUGUUUGUUAUUUUCUUUCGCAUUUGAAUAAUAAUAUCACGAUAGUGCCACUAUUUUGUUAUUAGGCAAGACAGCGCAUCAGUUGCAUCAAAUAAUGACUCCAACUGGUAACAUGUCAAAAGUAGGGUCUUAAUGCAAGCAACUCCAUGUCUGAAAAUUCUUAAGAAUCUUCUUCUCCAGAUGAAUGGGUAUCAUUUCUUUAAAACACUUUACUCCCUCCGCCUUUUUUCUUUCACUACUUUCUCACCUGCCAAACAUCUUCAUACCCACCCGGUUCAUUCCGACAGCAUUUUCAACAAAAAUCAACUCAACGAUGUCGUUUUAUCUAACCAGUUCAUCACCAGUUUUAUCAGAUCAGGUGACCUGGAUUCUGCCCUGCAACUCUUCAAUAACAUGACAGUUAAAACAACUGUUACAUGGAACUCCAUUUUGGCUGGCUUUUCUAAAAAGCGCGGGAAAGUGAAGCAUGCCCGUGAACUGUUUGAUAAAAUACCUGAACCGGAUACAAUUUCGUAUAACACUAUGUUGGCUUGUUAUGUACAUAAUUCUGAUAUGGAAAAGGCUCGAGCUUUCUUUGAUAUCAUACCCAAUAAAGAUAAUGCUUCUUGGAAUACAAUGAUUUCUGGCUUUGCCCGGAAUGGGGAAAUGAAGAAAGCUCAUGAAUUGUUCUUGAUGUUGCCCAAUAAAAAUGUUGUUACAUGGAAUGCUAUGAUUUCAGGGUAUGUGGUUUGUGGUGAUAUAAAUUCAGCGUUAGAAUUGUUUAAAAUGGCGCCUUUAAAGAGUGUAGUGGCUUCUACCGCGGUUAUAACUGGCUAUAUGAAGCUUGGAUUGAUUGAUUUGGCUGAGAGAUUGUUCAAAGAGAUGUCAACAAAUAAUGUUGUUUCCUGGAAUGCUAUGAUUGCGGGUUACGUCGAGAAUUCCAGAGCUGAGGACGGUGUGAAGCUUUUUAAAGCAAUGGUGGCGUUUGGUAUUAGGCCGAACCCGUCAACUUUGAGCAGCAUUUUGUUAGGAUGUAGUGAGUUAUCUGCUCUGCUGUUAGGAAGGCAGGUUCAUCAGCUAGUUUGUAAGUCUCCUCUAGCAUGCGAUACGACUGCUGGCACGUCAUUGGUUAGCAUGUAUUGUAAGUGUGGAAGUUUAGAGGAUGCUUGGAAAUUGUUCCUUGAGAUUCCGAGGAAGGACGUAGUCGCUUGGAAUGCGAUGAUUUCUGGUUAUGCUCAACACGGUGCAGGUGAGAAAGCACUAAAUUCGUUUGAUGAAAUGAAAAAGGAAGGAAUUAGGCCAGACUGGAUCACCUUCGUUGCUGUUUUAAUAGCGUGCAACCACGCAGGCUUUGUCGAUCUUGGGGCUAAGUAUUUUUACUCUAUGGCGAGUGAUUAUGGAGUUGAACAUAAGCCUGAGCAUUACACAUGUAUGGUUGACCUUCUUGGUCGAGCUGGUAAGUUAGAGGAGGCUGUGGAUCUGAUAAAGCGUAUGCCUUUUAAACCUCAUGUUGCUAUAUUCGGAACCCUUUUGGGAGCUUGUAGAGUACACAAGAAUACAGAAAUGGCAGAGUUUGCUGCAAAGAAUUUAGGUAAUCUUGAUCCGACAAGUGCGACUGCUUAUGUUCAACUUGCAAAUGUUUAUGCAUCUCUGAAUCAAUGGGACAACGUUGCCAAGGUUCGGCGAUCAAUGAAAAGCAAUAACGUGGUGAAGAUCCCUGGAUACAGUUGGUUUGAAGCUAACGGUGGAGUUCACAAAUUUAGAUCAGGUGAUAGGGCCCAUCCGGAACUAGCUUUAAUACAUCAGAAAUUGAAUGAGUUGGAGAAAAAGAUGAAGUUAGCCGGAUACGUACCGAAUCUUGAAUUUGCAUUACAUGAUGUGGGAGAAGAGCAGAAAGAGCAGCUUUUGCUGUGGCAUAGCGAGAAGUUGGCGAUCGCUUAUGGCCUUAUCACAUUGCCAGUAGGGACUCCGAUUAGGAUUUUCAAGAACUUGAGAGUAUGUGGGGAUUGCCAUUCUGCUAUAAAAUACAUAUCAGCAAUAGAAAGAAGAGAAAUCAUCGUGAGAGAUAGUAUAAGAUUUCAUCAUUUCAAAGAUGGUUCUUGCUCCUGUGAUGAUUACUGCUGCGUCGGAAGAAGUAAGGCUAUACUGCUUCGGCAUACUUAAAGGAAAGCUUGCGUAAAAAUACUGACGAUCUCACAAGGACUUCAGCAUGUCUGGAAGCAUAUGAGAACGUUCUUUUACUGAUAUUAUUACCAAUAUAUGAUAUUGGGUCAUUCUUGGAAUUAUCAUACCUUUCCUAUUCAUUAUAGGUUGGUUUUCUGUCUGCACGGGCUUUAGCUUACUUUGCAGCAUUGUGAAGUUCGUACGACAUCUCAAUCAAAGUCUUUUACAUCCAUAAGAUUAAAAAAGUUGCUUGCAGUCGCACAAAGAACUCGGUCAACUAGUGUGUUUAGGUGAAAUUCGCUUCAGAAUAUAUCAGAAUGAUGAAAUAUGACUCGUAUUUAAGCAAUUUUAUGGAAUGCAAGAGUUCAUAACAAGUGAUAGGACCCGCAUUGGUCUAUAAGACUUAACUGUACAGGCGACGGGAAGAGUUGAUCCAUCUCCCGACAGGCAGAAAGCUUAAAGUUUGCUUUGCUUAAGCUUUAGUAGUAGACUCAAACCUAGAGUUGUUUCAGGUUUGAGCAUAUAAAGUGGGAAGUAAGCCACUUCAAAAAUCUUGUUUAAAUGGACCCUUGAAUUAGGUUUCA